CUGCGGCAAUUAUGGGCGACACCAGCGACGAUCAGACCUUUGACAUCUCCCAGGUGACGUCGGCCGGGGACAACAUGAAGGUCGAGCCACCCGCGACCGCGGGCCUUGGCUGCCGCAAGGACUACGGACGUGGCGUCUCUGCUAAGCCUCGUGGUCGCGUCCGCAAGGCAACCAGCGAUACAGGUGCCAAGCAAAGACUUACUAGCAAGGAGCGUGCCGCCGCCGAAGCCUUCGUCGCGACUGCUGCUACCUCUGCUACCCCGCAGAGAUCGGGGUACGGCGGCUGCGUCAAAUCUGAAACGGCCGAAGAAGUGCCGCUGGAGACCGUCACCACGGAGAGCGAGUCCACCAUCGACCUGCAGGCCGAAAUGUAUGUCUCGAAGAUCCUUCCCGACCCGGCGACCAUUCUUUAUCCGGAGCGGGGCAACGACCUCGCGUAUGAAUGCUCCGAGGAGCCGCCCACCCCGCCACCGCCUCGACGCCGCGGAGGGCGCACUCACCGACCGACGCCAGUGCGCCGGCGCCGGCGCGUGGCCGUCGACGGCGACGAGCGCGUCGUGUGCGAGGCCCAAUCGGGCCGCUGGUCCUCGCUGCUGCCCCUGGGCACGGUGGUGCGCAGACCCUCAGUCAAGCUGGUGCAGCUCGUCGCGCAGGCCAUACACGAGAGCCCGCACCGGGUGCUGCGAGUCACGCACGUCUACGCCGCACUGCAGAACAGAUAUCCUUUCUACAUGCUCCAGGACAAGAAGCGCAUCCGCAGCUGGAAGAGCUCGGUGCGGCACGCUCUGUUCCAAAAAUGGUUCAUGAAGCUCCGCCCCACGUCCGGAAUAUACGAGACGGUCCAACCCAGGAGUUUCUUCUGGGGCCUCAACUACAGCAACAGGCCACACGACUGGCAAAUGCCCCCAGGACUGCCGCGUCUGUUUACUGCCGACCGACAACGAAGGUGAGCAGCGGGACGACGAGGCGUCCACGCUGUGCUCGGGCCUACAUCUGAAAACCGAGCCACCGAGCGAGACGACGGCCUUCGGUCUCGAACUGCAGCACGAGCUUUUCGCGCCACCGGAACCCCAGUCCCCGAGCGGCAAGCGCAAACUGUCCACCGUCCAGUGCAGCGAGUUCGCGCCGGUGACGUCGGCUGCGCAGUCGGAGGACGACCUGGUCUCCGUGGGCAGCCCUGCUUCCUCGAUUCCCCAGAUCGUGCCGGUGGAUUUGUGGAAGUCCGAGACCAUGAAUCCGGUCGGCUGGCCGCGGAGAGCGGGGGAGCAGGCCUGGCAGCAGCCAACUGUCAUCGCCUCACCCGCGCCGCCUAGCGUGUGGCACGGCAUGUACUUCCAACCGGUACGGGCUCACGGUGGCGCGUCACGAUGGCCGGCACUACCGCCAUUGCUGCAGCACUACAUGCUUCGAAACUGCACGAUUGCAGACGAUGACAGGGGUUAUUAUACAGUAUAGGCCAUAAAGCUAUCACAACAGUUUUCAAAUGGAGAUAAAAAAAAAAACGUUGAAUCACGGACAAAUUGGAAGAGGGCAUUCCAGUUUUUAGUAGAUUCUCGGCAGGAAAACGACUUCGAAGAGGUACUUGUGUGCAAUCGUAGUUGCGGCUACCCUUCUGGUAGCCGCAACUACGAUCGCUUCGCUUAGUUCUGUCUGCUAUAAAUACAUUUCUAGCAUGACAUUUCUAGCAUGUUAAUCGAAAUGUGUUAUUUAUUUUAGCUAACGAAGGCAGUUUGGUAUAGAUGGGUGCGACACGUGUGCAUUAGAACGGUCUGAAUCUUUCGGUCUGUCGGAACAUGGCUGCUCGCACUGUCAGCAUUUGUUGGAAUGUUUGGGCACUGGUUUUGGGUAACUUGUUAUAAGCCUGUUGGCGUUCUUCUUGACACAAGUAAUGCAAAGGGUUGGAAAGUGUCUGUGCGCAUAUUUCGGUUUACGUGGACAAACCACGGCUCUUUGUACAACCUGUCGUGCGUCAGAUUUGGUUAUUUCCAUGAUGUUGUAAACGUGUGUGCGGCACGACUAUCGCAUUCACCGAACCACGAGCCAGAAAGAUGCAUGCUGGGAGUGAAGGGACCUGUCGGAAAACUUUAGAGACUGGAAAACCCGUCGGCCAAAUUUCCAAUAACUUGACUCAUGACUCUAAAGUUUGCAGAAAUUGUAAACAAGAACUAGAUGGCGCGUUCUUUUUGCGGAACCUAUGGCGACUCGUGCAGACAGCAUAGCCGCGUGAAACAUGAUCGCGAGAAAGUACGAUCAUGCAAAAUAAGAUAUGGCCAGCAAGCAUUACCCAUGUCCCAUGUUACUAAGUUAACCAUACCUUUUAAUGAGAUAACGGGCAGUUUCAAAGAAUUGUGAACUCACUUCAAACCCCUUUAUAAUUUUUUAUAUUUUUUUCUACUUUCGAGCAAUUUUUUUUCACCAUUGUAUUUGAUUGUGCGAGUUACUGGAAAAUUUUCUUAGUCCUCGAACUGUUCGUAAGGUGUAUUUUUAUUAUUCGCUAUUCUCACAAUCAUUUCAUCAUGUCUUUUGGCGUUGUUAUAAUGUUUUGUAUGCUUGCUAUGUGUAUAUAGCAUCAUGGUAUAGGGCCUGUGGCUGAGUCAAGUUGUUGACAUCGGCAGAUUUUUUCCGCUGUCUUCAGCAUCAUCUAACGAACCUGUCGUGCACAAUAAUCUUGUUGUUGUUGCUGUUGUUGUGUUGUUAAUAAACGGACAGAUGUACUUCUUUAUGUACAUAUGUGGGCUCAUUCAGAAAGUAGUGCUGCCUAUAGCUGUUUCCUAGGGUACGGCCAGUCC